GAAGAGCCGGAAGAGAUGAAAGACCUUUCCUACUACGAGGCGCUGUCGGACGCGGAGUUCAACGAGCUGCCCAUGGAGAUCGUCGAGCUGGUGGCCAGCAAGAUGCUGGAGGCCGGGAAGGAGCCGCGGAUGAUCCACUGGGGAAGGUAUGCCGACGAUCGGCCAAAGCUCACGGACCAUCAGGCUCGCGCCGUGAAGGACUUCGAGUACUACUCACAGGCCUUCGUGCGCCUGCUCUCGAAUCGGGAGUUGCUGGCCAAG